AUGGAUAAUCCGAGCAGCAGCGGCGUACCCGAGUCCGAAAAGCUUCUCGGAAUCGCCGCCGAUCUCCUCUGCGGCGGCGACUUCGCUUCUUGCCGGAAAUUCGCUCUCUUCGCCCGCGACUGCGACCCGGAAAACCCCGUCGCGGAAAGAAUCCUCGCCGUCGCCGACGUUCUCCUCGCCGAAAAGAGGCGCGACCCGACCGACUGGUACCCCAUUUUGCAACUGACCCGACCCGACUCCGGGAACCGCCGCCUCGUUCGGACCCAGUUCGAGAAGCUGACGGCGCUGUUGAACCCGGAAGACAACGGCUUCCCGUUCUCCGACGUGGCGCUCGGGCUGGUCCGCAAGGCGUGGGCCGCGCUGUCCGACCCGGGGUUCGGAAAUGGGCCCAAGAACGGGCCGGAAAGCCCGAAACUUGAAGAGGGUUUGGCCGGAGAGACGUUCUGGACGGUGUGUCCGUACUGCUAUGGCAUGUUUAUGUACAAGAAGGUGUUUGAGGAGUGUUGCCUGAGGUGUCAGAUUUGCCGGAAGGCGUUUCACGGCGUGGCGAUUAGGCCGCCGGCGCCGGAGAUUUUGGUGGAGGGGAAGGAGCAGUACUAUUUUACUUAUGGGUGUUUUCCUACGGAGUACAACGAGGAAGCAAAGAAGAGUAAUGAGGACACAAAGAAGAGGCAGAUGGAGGAGGGUGUUUGUGUUGUGGAGAUUUCUGAUGAUGAGGAGGAGGUGGUGGUGAAGAAUGUGGGUGGAGGAGGGAAGUUUUCGAGUGAAGGGAAGGCUCCGGUGAAGAGAAUGAAGGCUCCGGCGAGGCGGAUGAAGGGGAUGAAGACGAAAACAGUGGCGAGUAGGAGGGGUGGGAUGGUGAAAGAGUUGGACUUGAAUGGUGGGUGUGGAAAUGGGAAUGGUGAAAUGGGUGAUUUGUAA